CAUGGGUGUGCAAUGAUUUGCUUUUGGGGGAUAAAACCCACAGUUUGGGAGUGGAGAGGGAUAUUACAGAGCAGGAUGGCCCGAAGUAAGGUACCUCUGCUCUUGCAUGGAUUUCUCCUGCUGGUUCUGUGUAGACCCUCCCUUCAAGGAGGAAUCUACAUACCAGCUGGUGCAGGGGGAGGAGCAGGAGCUGGAUUAGGGGCUGGUGUUGGAACUGGAGCUGGACUUGGAACCAGCACUGGAACUGGUCCAGGAGGUGGAUUUGGUCCUGGAAUCGGAGGUGUUGGGCCAGGAGUUGGUCCUGGAGGAGUUGGAACAGGGUUAGGUCUAGGUGCUGGUCCUGGUGGACUUGGAACAGGGCCAGGAAUUGGCAUCAGACCUGGAACUGGGCCAUUUGUCAAGCCACCUAAAACAGGAGGAUAUCUACCAGGAAUUGGACCAGGUGGUACAGGUGUUGGUCCUGGAGCUGGAUCACUUGCACCUGGAGGAGUUGGUCCUGCUGGUAUUGGACCAGUAGGCAUUGGACCUGGUGGCAUAAGUCCUGGUGGCAUAGGUCCAGGAGGCAUUGGACCUGGCGGCAUAGGUCCUGGCAUUGGAGCCGUGGGAACUAGACCAGGAGGUGUCAUACCUGGAGGCACUGGCCCUGGUGCUGGUGAUGGAACUGGAGGCCUUGGAGCAGGUGUAGGUGCUGGUGGCAAACCCCCUAAACCUGGUUAUGGGGGUAUUCCAGGCACUCUUGGAGCUGGAAGUCUUGGUGGUGCUGGUGGUCUUGGAGGCCUUGGACUGAGGCCAGGGGGUGCUGGCCUUGGUGGUUUAUUACCUGGUGGCUUUGGUGUUGGUCCAGGGGCUGGUGGCAUUGGCACAGGAGUACCUGGACAAGGAGUUGGUUUGGGCACUGGUGUGGGAGGGCUUGGCCCUGGUGGAGUUGGUCCAGGAGGUGCUGGAAUAGGUGUGGGAGGAAAACCCCCCAAAACAGGUUAUGGAGGUCUUGGUGGCAUUGGACAAAGUGGCAUUUUUCCUGGUGGAGUUGGACCAGGUGGCAUUGUCCCAGGUGGUGUUGGAUCAGGUGGCAUUGUGCCUGGUGGUACUGGCCAAGGUGGCAUUUUUCCUGGUGGUGUUGGAACAGGUGGCGUUGGACCAGGUGUCUUUGGUCCUGGAGCAGGCAGAAAUCCUGGGAAACCAGGUUAUAGUGGGCCUGGGGGUUUUGGUGGUGGACCGUUUGGAACAGGAAGUCUUGGACCACUUACACCUGGAGGUGCUGGAACAGGCUACCCAUCAGGUGGCAGCUAUGGUGGAUACGGUGGGCCUGGAGGUCUUUAUCCUGGAGCUGGGACAGCUGGCCAGAAGCCACCAAAACCAGGAAUUGGACCUGGUGGUGCAGGAAUUGGUCCAGGCGGUGCAGGAUUUGGACCUGGUGGUGCAGGAGUUCGGCCUGGAGGUGUAGGAAUUGGAAUAGGGGGUGUAGGAAUUGGUCCAGGUGGCACUGGGAUUGGACCAGGUGGGACAGGUAUUGGACCAGGUGGGACAGGUAUUGGACCAGGUGCCACAGGACUUGGUCCAGGUGGAGCAGGAGUUGGUCCUGGAGGUGUAGGAAUUGGACCUAGUGGCACUGGAAAUGGAAUUGAAGGAGUAGGAGUUGCGCCUGGUGGAGCACCUUUUCUCCCCCAAACUGGAUUACCUGGAACUGGGACAGGCACUGGGGGCAAAGUCGGAAAGACUGGGAAGGCACCAGUGCCAGGUGUUGGGAUCCCUGGGUUAUACCAAGGGGGUAUUGUUCCUGGACAAGGCUUUGGCAGUAGAGGCAUUCUGCCAGGUGUAGCCACAGGAUCUCAAACUGGGCAGCUUGGUCAAGGUGCAGUUGGAGCCAAUGGAGGCCGUGGAGGUUUUGGUCAACAAAUACCAGGCGUGUUCGGUGGAUAUCCUCUUAUAUCACCUAAGUCUGGAGGCACAAGCGCUGCAAAGUCUCAGGCUAAAGCUGCCAAGUAUGGGGCUGGUGGUGUUCCUGGUCUAGGUGGUGGACUUGGUGUGGGAGGUGUACCUGGUGCAGGAGGUCUGCCAGGAAUAGGUGGUGUUCCAGGUGCAGCUGGUAUACCAGGCAUUGGUGGUAUUCCUGGCCUAGGUGGUGGGCUUGGUGUAGGAGGUGUACCUGGUGCAGGUGGUAUACCAGGCACUGGAGUCAUCCCUGGAACUGGUGGUGCAACUCCUGGUGUUCUAUAUCCGGGAGCUGGUGGUGUCUAUCCUGGAGGAGCUGGGGCAAAAGCCCGGAAAUAUGCUUCAGGGAUAGGGACUGGUGGACUUCCUGGUUCUGGUUUGGGAGUGGGUGGUCUUGGAGCGGGAGGACUUCCUGGUUCUGGCUUGGGAGUGGGUGGCCUCGGAGCUGGAGGAGUUCCUAGUUCUGGUUUGGGCGUGGGCGGCCUUGGAACUGGUUUGGGUGGUCUUGGUGGACCCCUUGGUUCUGGUUUAGGAGCUGGUGGACUCCCCGGACCUGGAGUUGGUACUGAAGGAUAUGCUGCGGCCAAAGCAAGAAAAUAUGCUCAACUUGGACGUCAGGGUGGGACUUUGGGUACUGGAGGAUUACCAGGUGGAGCAGCUGGUGUGUCUGGUGUUGGACUUGGUGGAGUACCUGAUGGAGGUCUUGGGACUGGUGGACUUGGAACUGGUGGGCUACCUGGAGGUGGACUUGGUGGAUUACCUGGUGGAGGAGCUGGUGGACUGUCUGGUGGUGGAGUUGGUGGUCUUCCUAGCGGUGGUUCUUUAGGACUCCCUGGCUCUGGAACUGGAUAUGCAGAGGCAAAAGCUCGUAAAUAUGGUUUACUUGGUGGAGGUGCUGGUUUAGGCCCAGGCACUGGAUUAGCUGCAGGUAUUCCAGGAAGAUUACCAGGUACUGGUGUCGGACCAGGUGGGGCAGGGAGCAUACCAGGAACUGGAGUUGGACAAGGAGGCAUCCCUGGUGUGGGUUACGGUCCAGGAGGUGUACCCGGUGGUGGCUUUGGACCUGGGAGUGUUCCCGGAAGUGCAUUUGGACCUGGAGAAUACGCUAGGGCCAAAGCUCGCAAAUAUGGGGUUACUGGUGGAGCUGGUGGAAUGGGAUUGCCUGGAGGAUUAGGAGGGUCACUUGGUAGUGGAACAGUUCCGGGUGUUGGAGCUGGAGGAGGAACACUAAGUGCUGGAAUUGGACCAGGAGGGGCACCAAUUGGUGGUUAUGGAACUGGAGGAGUACCUGCAGGUGGUUAUGGGCCAGGAGGAGUACCUGCUGAAGGAUAUGGACCUGGCUCUGGCGCCUAUCCAGGUGGACCAAAAGCCCUAAAAUAUGGUCCUGGUGGGAGUGGAGGGGCUCCAGGACUUGGUCUGCAGGGUCAGAUAGGAACCAGUCCAGCAGGAGGAUUUGGUACAGGGGCAAGGCCAGUUGGUGGUUAUGGUCCAGGGAUUAUAGGAGGUCCUGGGUCUGGAUUUGCUGGAGCAGCACUGCCUGGUGCUGUUGGAGCAGGAAGCAGAGGAGGGCUUGGACCUGGGUAUGGAACAGGUGCUGGAGGAUAUGGACCUGGAUCAAAAGCAGCUAAAUAUGGUUUACCUGGUUCUGGAAGUGUCUUAGGAGCAGGAGGUAUACCAGGAGCUGGAACAGGAGUGGCAGGAGGACCUGGAGUUCUGCCUGGAGGGCUUGGGGUUGGUCUUGGGACUGGUGUUGGAUAUGGGGGGUAUGGAGGGUAUGGAGGAGCACAAAAACUACCUAAAUAUGGACAACCAGCUGGUGGGGUUGGAAGUGUGUUGGGUGGGUCGGUACCAGCAACUGGUGGAACUGGGGCCACAGGUACUGGAGUUGGAACUGGUGGUGUAGGUGGGGCUGGAGGUAUACAAGAUUCAGGAACCAAGCAAGACAAAUAUGGGGUACCAGGCAUCAUAGGAGGACCAACAAUUCCAGGUAGUACAGCUGCUACUGGCACAGAUCAUGGAGCAGGUCCUAAACCUGGAAUUGAUGGAGUGAUCGGCAGUCCUUAUGGUGGAACUCGAGGUCAAGGUCAAGCAGGUGGAACAAAAGCUCCCAAGACUGAAUCUGGAGGACCAAUAGAGGGAUCAGGUGUUACUGGUGGGCCCAUUGAUGCUGAUGGGCUUGAUGGAGCUGCUGGGACAAGAACACCCAUCUUAGCUGGAGAAAGACCAGGUGUGUCUGGAGCUGCUCCAGGUGGAACAGGAUCGCCACGACCAGAGAGAGUUGGUGAUAUUGGAACAUUACCGGGAGCCAAACCACUAAAACCCCCAGGCAUUGGAGGUGGAGCCAUUGCUGGACGUGGAGAUACUCCAGGCACUAUUGAAGGAGGACCUGGAAGUGUAGGCAGUGGUCCAGGUGGAGUUGGUGGUGGGCCAGGUGGAGUUGGUGGAGUUGGUGGAGGACUGGGAGGGGUUGGUGGUGGACCAGGUGGAGUUGGUGGAGGACUGGGAGGAGUUGGUGGUGGGCCAGGAGGAGUUGGUGGAGUUCCAGGUGGUGUUGGUGGAGGACCAGGUGGAAUUGGUGGAGGACUGGGAGGAGUUGGUGGAGGACCGGGAGGAGAAGUUAAACCUCCUAAAGUUUAUGGUGGUACAGGUGGAACUGGAGCUCUGGGAGUUGGAGGUGUGGGUGGAAUGGGUCCAGCUGGAGUGGGAGGAGUAGGACUUCUGCCUGGAGGUGGUGGUCUGCUACCAGGAGGUGGAGCUGCAGGCACAGGAGUUGGGGCGCAGAAACCAGGCAAAAGUUAUGGUGGAGCUGGAAGUUUAGGAGCCAGUGGGAUCCUACCAGGAACCGGCCUCAGGUUCCCCAGUGGGGCUGCAGUGGGCAGCAAACAAGGGAAAGUUUAUGGGGCAGCAGGCACACUAGGUGGGCUUGGAGGCCCAGACGGAUAUGGAGCAGGACCCGGUGGCUAUGGAGGUGGUCCAGGUGGUUACGGUGGUGGCCCGGGCGGUUAUGGUGGUGGCCCAGGCAGUGCUGGUGGUCUUGGAGGGCCUGGACUAGGGCUUGGUUAUGGUCCUGGCGCAUUAAAACCACCAAAAAGCUAUGGAAGAGCUGGAACACUAGGUGGGGCUGGAAGAGGAGGAAUUGGUGGAGGUCUUGGCGGAGGUCUAGGAGUUGGACCGGGUGGUGCUGGUGGCAUUGGUGGUGGUCUAGGAGUUGGACCAGGAGGUGUUGGGGGAGGUCCUGGAGGAGUUGGAGUGGGUGGAGGGUACGGAGGUUUAGGUGGAGCUGGAGGCGUGGGGGGUCUUGGAGGAGGAGCUGGAAGCCCAGUAGGAACCGGUGGAGGUCUCAGGUACCCAGGAGGAGCAGGAACAGGGAAACCUGGUAAAUCAGGCUUUGGCACGAGUGCCUUGGGUGGUCAGGGCUAUCAGCCAGGUGGUGGAGUCCCUAGAUAUGGGACUGGUGUAGGUCCACGUGCUGGAUAUCAACAGCCAUAUCCAGGUUAUGGUGGCACUGGUGCAGGGGGACCUGGAAGUGCUCCACUUACACCUCAGCAAUCAAAAGCAGCCAAAUAUGCAGCUCUUCAAGGCUUUCUAGGUGCAGGAGGCUACAGAGGUGGCGCAGGAUGCCAAGGCAAAUACUGUGGAAGGAGGAGGAAGUGAGAAACCAGCAGAUAGAAGUGACCUCAUAAACAAGUGGUGCUACUGCCUGAUCUCAAAUGCACUUUUUUACAGUUUAAAAGUGCCUCAUAUAAUAUGUGAGAGAGAUUUGGAUUUGCAUUUUAAAGGAUUUUUUCAGCCGUAUGAUUAGAUGUGAUGUGAACCUCACAAGGCACUCUUUGCACUGCCUAACUCCCUUAAACAUUUUCUUUACAAAUUUAACAUGAUUGCUUGAUUUUUUUUUUAUCAGACAUUUCAGACAUUUUACCAUUUAAUGCUCCAUCUUAAACUGCUGCAGAUCCAGCUGUGCAUCUCUUAUGGUUUUGCUGCAGUUGCUCACUUACACACUUGUUGAAUAUUCAGACAUGUCGUCUAGGGACAUUUCGCUGCUAUUUCAGGAUGAACUUACGGUGGGGGAAAGCAGUGUCAUUUUCUGGCUAUGCAUCAAAUAGUAAAGGGAGCCUCUUCUCUUUCUAGCUGUAUGCAUAAGACUUAAUGAAUGGAUAUUUUGUCUUUUCCAGCAUCUUCAGUUUUUCAUAGUAUAGUCACACAAAGGAAUGGGAUCUAGGCAUGCAAAUUUUAGUCUUACAUGAACAAAAUGCUUGUCGUUACUGCAGUAGACAGCAUCAGUACUGAGGAUUACAAGCUGUCUUCAAAGAUACCUCAGGAACUUGAAGCAGUUUCUUUUCUAGUAUCCUGACCCUAGUAAAACAUUGUUUUUGUUUGUAUGUUUGUUUUAACAUAACUCGUAUUAAAUUAAAAUGUUGGGUUCUUAAGAGUAUCUAAGCAUUUAACCUAACUCAUUUUGGGGUUUGUAAGCAUUGUGUUUUGUGAAUGAUGUAGGCUAUCUGUGUUUGUAUAAGUGCAACUAUUCAAAUGUGACCUGAAAGUAUGAUAAAAGCAAUUCAUAGUGAAUCUUCUCUCAUUGUUUACCUUUGUUCUUCACAUUUAUGCACUUGUUACUUUUGUGAAAGUCCAACCAGUUCACAUGUUUGUAUGAACUUUAAUUUUAUUCGGGCCUUUUAUCCAUCAUUUACAUUUCUAAAAAUAAACUGUAAAACCAAA